CGACGACUAUCAAAGUCCCACUGACUCAUAUUCAUAUCAACCGUCCAUCGGGGCUCUUUUUUUUCCUUUUGUGCCCGUCACAAACCAAUUAAACCGGCGGUCCUCUCUUGUGCAAAGCAGCAUUUUGGGUGUGUGCAUCUGGCGAGCCGUUGCUUUGACGUGCAGAGCGUAUUUGCUGCAAGGCGACUUCAUCUGGGGCAGACUUUGGUGCAGCAGGGACCAGACAGGCUGUAGCUUCAGUCUCACUCUCUUCCUCCUCCUCCUCCUCUUCAUUCUCAUUCCCAUCCUCAUCCUCAGUAUCACCAUCACCAUCACCAUCAUCGUCUUCACCCACAAUGGCUCCCCAAAGCGUCUCCUCCCAGCCGUGGGAUCCCUCCACCUGGCGCUCAAAGCCCAUCAAGCAGUCUCCCACCUAUCCCGACCCCUCCAAGCUCAAAAAGGCCACCGAUGAGCUUUCGCGGAUGCCUCCUCUGGUUCACCCCAAUGAGAUCAAUGCCUUGAAAGCUCAUCUGCGCGACGUCGCCCAGGGAAACGCCUUCUUGCUCCAGGGAGGCGACUGCGCCGAGCUGUUCGACUACUGCGAGCAGGGCGCCAUCGAGUCCAAGAUCAAGCUGCUGCUUCAGAUGAGCCUUGUUCUGAUUUGGGGCACAAACAAGCGUGUGGUUCGCAUUGGCCGCAUGGCUGGUCAGUAUGCCAAGCCGCGAUCGAGCCCGACUGAAAUGGUCAACGGCAGAGAGCUGCCCAGCUUCCGGGGCGACAUUCUGAACGGCUACCAUGUCGAUGAGCGCGACAUUGAUCCCGGCCGUCUCAUCAAGGCGUACCACCACUCUGCUGCUACUCUCAACUACAUCCGCACAGCUCUCGCCUCUGGCAUCGCCGACUUACACCGGCCCCUUGACUGGGGCUUGGGCCACGUCCGUGACCCAACUCUCAAGGAGAAGUACUCAAAGAUCGCAUCCAGCAUCCAGCAGACGCUACGCUUCCUGCAAGUCAUCAACGCCCGGCCUGGUGAGCUCGAGACCGUCGAUUUCUACACCAGCCAUGAAGGUCUCCUGCUUGAAUAUGAGCAGCCCCUGACACGCCUCCUUGAGAAGCCCACUCAUCCUGGCGUUAGCAGACCCGGCACUCCUCCGAGCUCAUCGCCAACCAUCAAGCCUCUUCAACCCGAAUCCAAGGAGUACUACGACACAUCCGCCCACUUCGUCUGGAUUGGUGAUCGCACACGCCAACUCGACCACGCUCACGUCGAAUUCUUCCGUGGCAUCGCAAACCCAAUCGGCAUCAAGGUUGGCCCAUCUACCCCAACUGAAGACAUCCUCGCCCUCCUCCGUGCUCUCAACCCCUCCUGCGAGCCCGGCAAGAUCACUCUCAUCACCCGCUAUGGUGCCGGCAAGGUCGCCGAGCUGCUCCCCAAGCACAUCCGCGCCGUCGAGGACUCGGAGCACCGCAGAUGCGUCGUCUGGCAGUGCGACCCCAUGCACGGCAACACGCUCUCCACCCCAACCGGCAUCAAGACCCGCCGGUUCAACGACAUCUACAGCGAGCUCGAGCAGUCGCUGCGCAUUCACAAAGAGGAAGGCAGCUACCUUGGUGGCGUUCACCUAGAGCUCACCGGCGACGCUGUAACGGAGUGUCUGGGCGGCAGCGAGGGUCUCGAUGAGGACGACCUUUCAACCAAUUACACGUCUUUCUGCGAUCCCAGACUGAAUGAGAAGCAGGCUCUUGAGCUGGCUUUCUUGGUGGCGGAUCACUACUCUCGGGAACACAAGAAAUGAGAUUAAGGAAAUGAAAAUGAAAAAAAUACAAAUUGACAAAAGAAAAGAAAAUAGGUACGAUGAGAGAUGGGAAUAUAUAUGAAUUGUAUUGUAUGCAUGGCUUCAUGAGCAAUUUUCAAAUAAAAACGAACAAAAGAAAGGCAGAAACAAAGGAAUGUGUACACCAGACGGACGAAAUUAUGUCCUUUUUUUUUUCCUCCUUGUAUAUAAAACAGGUUAUCGAACCGGGUACGUCAUACCGCGGAGGAGAACGGGACGAAAAGACAAAAUAUGAGACGGAAAGAAAUCUGCAGUGCAUAUAUAUCGAUAUUUACCGUGAGAAAACACAAUUCAACUUCAU